UGACCAGAGUGACUGUGCGAGAAGAUGAUGAUGUUAUUUUACCCUGUUCCCUCGACACCAAUGAGAACAUUGAGUCAAUGCUGUUUGACUGGGUUAAGGAAGUCCCUCGAAAGGAGGUGUUCAUGUAUCGUAAUCGCAAUCAUUACAAUAAUGGUCUGCCAGGUCAAGAUGUGGAGUUCAAAGGUCGAGUCUCACAUUAUCCAGAAGAGCUGAAGUACGGAAACGCCUCCAUAAGACUAAAACAAACUAGGGUGGAGGACAAUGGAAUCUAUACCUGUAGAUUCCCAGACAUGAAGCCCAGUGAAAAAAUCUUCCGCAUUGAGCUUGUUGUUGAGCCCGUAUUAAAGAUCCCAAACUUUACAGGUGCAGCUCCAAAACCGUAUGUCACAAUACUUAAAGACAAGGGGCUUCUGCAGUGUGAAGUUCCAGGUGCUUCUCCUAAGCCUACAGUUGAGUGGAGGGACAGUGAUAACAAAACCCUUCUUUCUAAGACGGUGCAGGAUGAAGAACAACAAGGUCGCUUCCACGUCACCGUCCAGACUACUGUGACUGAGCCUGGCUGUUAUCACUGUGUAGCCACACAGAUGGAAAUUUGGUAUCGGAUUUCUUCAGAGAUCUGUGUGCAUCAUGUGAUUGCUCUUGCAGUUACAGCAUACUGUUUGAAGAAAAGGUGA